CAGCCAAGCAGUUGCGUGUGUUGGAAAGAGCAGGUGCACUGUUUCGCGCAGCUGGAGCCGGGAGAAUAGGCACCUGGAGUAGGAUUGGGAAUGCGAAUUGAAGGAUCGAGAGAGCAAUUACUGCGAGGGUUGCCCGAUUCGGGGCGCCGCAUGCUCGCGUAGGAAGACAUACCUAGGGAUCCCUGCUCUCCUAGUUGAUGUCACCGCAGCUGUCUGUGGUUUGCCGUACGGGGUGAACACUCGACAGCGCGGCGGAUGGAGCGGAAGGCGUUCAGGCGUUGAUGUCUCCGGUGCCUUCGCAAACAUGACAGGUCUGCUUGCCCUUCUUGCAUUGGGCGCAGCCUUUGCCGUUGCAAGCGUCGCAUUUGAUUUCUCCGUCUCCUCGACAGACAGGCAGACGGUGGGCAAUCUGGGAACGAGAUGGCACUCGGGCCGCGCCUUGUCAACGCCCACUGGUGCCGGUGUAGUCGAUCCACGCCGCGGCGCGGGCAGGGCCCUGGGCCCAUCAGCUGGAGAGUGGGAUGGGCGGUCUCCCACCGGCCGGCGGCGUCGUCAGGCGAGCGGGAGUCAACCUGGGCGGUCCCAAGGCUCAGCGGUACCUGGUGUGCCUCCGACGUUGGAGCACUCGCUCGGUGCCUCAGCCAUCUAGCGCGCUGGCGUUGGCAUUAGCGAGGGCUAGCAUCUGAUCCCUGGGCACGCAACGUCACUCGAGGCCUGCUGCCGUGGCCGUUGUUGCAGUGCUGCCUCGCUGCCGUGACACUUUUGCCCUGUCCAGCGACGCAACGGGGAGCCUAACGAGGUCGCCCGCGUCCCGAGGCAGCCUCCAGAGCCAGUGGACGCCCCACGCUCCCGCGGGACUGGGUAAAAGCACACUGCGAGGACCACAGCGAGCGGCCUGCGCGAGUGCCAC